AGAAAGAAGAAAGAAAGAAAGAGAAAGAAAGAAGAAAGAAGAAGAAAGAAAGAAAGAAGAAGAAGAAGAAAGAAAGAAGAAAGAAAGAAGAAGAAAGAAGAAGAAGAAGAAGAAAGAAAGAAAGAAAGAAGAAGAAGAAGAAAGAAAGAAGAAAGAAGAAAGAAAGAAGAAAGAAAGAAGAAAGAAAAGAAGAAAGAAGAAGAAAGAAAGAAGAAAGAAAGAAGAAGAAAGAAAGAAGAAAGAAGAAAGAAAGAAGAAGAAAGAAAGAAGAAGGAAAGAAAUAAGAAAGAAUGAAAGGAGAAAGAAGGAAGAAAGAAAGAAUAAAGAAGGAAAGAAGAAAGAAGUAAGAAACAACAAGAAGAAAGAAGAAAGAAAGAAGAAAGAAAGAAAGAAAGAAAGAAAGAAAGAAAGAAAGAAAGAAAGAAAGAAAGAAAGAAAGAAAGAAGAAAGAAAGAAAGAAAGAAGAAAGAACAAGAAGAAAGAAGAAAUAAAGAAAGAAGAAAGAAAGAAGAAAGAAAGAAGAAAGGAAGAAGAAAGAGAGAGGAAAGAAAUAAGAAAGAAAGAAGAAAGAAAGAAGAAAGAAAGAAAGAAGAAGAAAGAAGAAAGAAGAAAGAAGAAGAAACAAGAAUGAAAGAAGAAAUAAAGAAGAAAGAAAGAAGAAAGAAAGAAGAAAGAAAGAAAGAAGAAAGAAAAAGAAAGAAGAAAGAAAGAAGAAAGAAAGAAGAAAGAAAGAAAAAAGAAAGAAAGAAGAAAGAAAGAAAGAAGAAAGAAAGAAAGAAGAAAGAAAGAAGAAAGAAAGAAGGAACAAAGAAAGUAGAAAGAAGAAAGAAAGAAAGAAAGAAGAAAGAAAGAAAGAAGAAGAAAGAAAGAAGAAAGAAAGAAGAAAGAAGAAAGAAAGAAAGAAGGAAGAAAGAAGAAAGAAAGAAGAAAGAAAGAAGAGAGGAAGAAGAAAGAAGAAGAAAGGAAGAAGAAAGAAAGAAGAAAGAAAGAAGAAAGGAAGAAGAAAGAAAGAAGAAGGAAGUAAGAAAGAAAGAAGAAAGAAAGAAGAAAGAAGAAAGAAAGAAGAAAGAACGAAGAAAGAAAGAAGAAGAAAGGAAGAAGAAAGAAAGAAGAAAGAAAGAAGAAGUAAAGAAAUAAAGAAGAAAGGAAGAAGAAAGGAAGAAGAAAGGAAGAAGAAAGGAAGAAGAAAGGAAGAAAAAAGAAAGAAAGAAGAAAGGAAGAAAGAAUGAAGAAAGAAGAAAAAAGAAAGAAGAAAGAAUAAAGAAGAUAGAAAGAAGAAAGAAAGACGAAAGAAAGAAGAAAGAAAGAAGUAAGAAAGAAGGAACACAGAAAGAAGAGAAAAGAAGAAAGAAAGAAGAAAGAAAGAAGAAAGAAAGAAGGAAGAAUGAAGAAAGAAAAAGAAAGAAAGACACAAGAAAGAAAGAAAGAAGAAAUAAAGAAGAAAUAAAGAAAGAGGAAAGAAAGAAAGAAGAAAGAAAAAAGAAAGAAAGAAGAAAGAAAGAAGAAAAAAAAAAGAAAGAAGAAAGAAAGAAGAAAGAAAGAAAUAAGAAAGAAAGAAGAAGGAAGUAA